AUGCUCAUUUCUGAAUAUAACAUCAAGUAUGUUACACAAAAGGCAAUCAAAGGGCAGGCCAUUGCAGACCAUUUAGUUGAUUACCUGACCUUGAAGUAUGAGGCAAUCCCAACAAAUUUCCCAGACAAAACUAUUUUGGAAAUACAAGUGGGAAAAAGGUGGAAGGCAUACUUUGACAGAGCAUCAAACCAAAGUGGAUGGGGAUCAGGGAUGAUCCAUGUGGACCCCCAAGGCACUCACUUUCCUUUAUCUAUUUGCUUGGACUUUCCCAACACCAAUAGUGCGUGUGAAUGGGAAGAAUGCCUAAGAGCAGUUCAAAUGGCUCUGGAUUGGGGCAUCGAUGAAUUGGAGAUUUAUGGGGACUCUUUCUUGGUCAUUAGUCAAGCCAAGGGUGAUUGGGAAGUACAGGAUGAGCGACUGGCAUUGUAUCAUAACUGUCCCAAGGAGUUUAUCAAAAAGUUUAAGUGCAUCUCCUUCAAUUACCUACCUAGAGAAGACAACUGCUUUGCAGAUGCUUUAGCCUCCCUUGGAUCAGCCAUGCGUUUACCUCCCAACAUGGCAGUAGAACCAAUUGAUUUAAGUUGGGAUACUAAGCCUGCCUACAUAAGCAGCACAUUAGCAAUCACAACAGAAGAUGAUUAG